AUGUCGAACUGGGCAGAUGCCGCGCAGGACGAGGAGCAGUACCAGGCAGCGUACGGCUCCGACGACAACGGCAGCAGCUCUGAGUAUGAGGAGCCGAAGCCGUCAUGGGAUACUGCCAAGACGGAAGUUACCUACGAGGUGGACGCUGAUGGAAACCGCUUCGAAGUGAUGCGGAAGGUGCGCACGUACCACGUGGAUCGCCCGGUUACGAUGGCGGACAUUCGCGCGAAGCUCGCAUACUUUGGCAAGGGCAAGGGUGACCAGUCCACUCUUGUCUCCGCGGAACCACCGCUAGCGCUCGAGAUGGGCGCGGUCGACCAGUUCGAGCGCGAGAGCCGUGCUGAGGUGAAGCGCAUGAUUCACGAGGCUAGUGGUAUUGAUGUCGUCGUCAAGGACGAGCACCUGCGCGUUGUGCGCGAGAUGGAAGAGAAGGCAAAGAAGGAUCCAAGGUCAGUGCGCAGCGGCGCCGGCUCCACUUGGGGUGCGGUCGCGUCCAAGUCUACGGAUACCCGGGAGCAGUCGACCACGGGCAUUCGGAUUCGUAACUUGUCCGAUGACAUCACGCAGGAGAACCUGUCCCGCAUUUUCGAGGGUCGUGGGUGGAUCACGAAGAACGUGCGCAUCCCUCGUGGCGACAACAACCAGACGCGCGGCUUUGCGUUCGUGAUCUUCGAGGAAGCAUGGAUGGCAGAUGCGGCUAUCAAAGAGGGCAAGUUCCACUUCAAAAAUGUGGUGCUGGAUGUCUCGCGUGCCGAGACCCGUACGUAA